UGGGUUCUAAGGACUACUUAGUAUCAGUAAAAAAUAAAAUAAUUUUGUACGUUUUCAUAAUCCGUCUCUUCGGGUGAUAUUUUUAUUCAAAUAAAAAAGUUGAUCAAUCGAUUUUUGAUUUCCUAAUUCAAAUUUGACAUGACAAAAAAAAAUUAAUCUGUCUGUUUGUUUGUCGAAGUCGAACCGUCUUGUGGGGUUAUAAAAAUUUAAAUAAAUAUUAUUUUAAUUAUUUUUACUGCUUAUUGAUUACUAACCCAACAUGGAUGAUGAUAUAGACAUCGAAGAACAUGAUUUGUUAGACAAUCCAGCCAUGAGAAACAUAUUUCCUGAUCUCUCUGUUGUAAAGAAAGAGUUGACUGGAUAUUUUGAGGAAGCUUCAACAAUAAAUUGUCAACCAAACACAUUUCAUAUUGAUAAACUGAUCAUACCAAAAAAUGAAGAGCAUGACCUUUUGCCAGAUUCAAAUAGUAUGCAGACAGGAAUAACACAGCCUCUUGAUAAUGCUUCUUUUCAAUCUGGAGUGUCUGUUAAUCAGAUAAACCAAACACCUUUUAAGACAAAUAAAAUCAUUUUGGGGUCAAAGCCAAGUCUGACUCAGAAUGUAGUAUGUGAAAAGGCUGACAGAGAUGUAUAUUCGGCACAGGUAAAAUUGAUUGAUAUUGAAGCCUACAUAAAAAACAGUGAAAGAUUCUGCAAUAUUUGUCUUAUACUAUUUCCUGAAAAAGAAGGUCUUGAUGUACAUACAACAUUAAAUCACAAACAGAUUAGUCUAUGCAAUAUGGCAAGAAAGAAGAAUACGAUAACUAUUGGAUCAGUCGUAAGAAAAUACAAAUGUGUUGAAUGUGGUGAAAUUUUUACACAGCAUAAUCAAUUAAGAAGGCAUUUGAUUAAUAUUCAUAGAAAAAACCACAAAAACAAUUGGACUGCCAGAAAACACAUUACGCACCAGUUAUCAUCAACAGAAACUAAAAUGAUAUCUGAAACAGAAUCGCAUGAAUGUUUUCAUUGUAAAGUUACAUUUUCUUCAAAAAAAUUGCUCAUUGAUCACAUCUAUAAAGUUUUACAAUCAAAACAAGUCAGUGAUAUUAAUGGUCCACAAGCUUUAACAAGCUUAGGGAAACUAGCAGAAGAUAAGUUGAAAAAUAAUCUACAAGUAACUAAAAGGGUCUUGAGUAAGGAAAUGGGAGACUCUGAUUCUACACAUGGCACUAAAAUUAGACCCAUAAGACAGAAAAGAUAUGAAUCUGGUCAAAGAAAUGUGAACGGAAUACAGAAAAACAUUUUAAUAUUUAAAUGUAUUUACUGUUCUUAUAAUUUUUCACUUCUGAAGUUUUGCUUGAGUCAUAUUGAAAAUAAACACAAAGAUUUCAGUUUAAAGAAAAUAAAGCCAACAAAAUUUAAUGAGCAAUGUGAUCAUUGUUCAAAAAAAUUAGUUGAUUACAGAGUUUAUAAUUCACAUUUGCGAUUAUAUCACAAAGAAAAAAUUGAAAAAACGAUUAAAGUAUAUCCAAAACUAUGUUUACCGAAAAUAGACAUCAUAAUGCCUCUAACUGAAAAACCUAAAGUAAUGACUCAAGGAAAUAACUACAAUAAUUUGACUAUGAGAAGCUUAAAGGUUGAUCACUGUGAAAACCUUGAUUCUGAAGGUAAUAAACAAGAUGAGGAAUCCUAUUCAGACUGUAACGAGCAGCUUGUACUGAAAUCAAUUUUAUUUAAAUGUCUGCGAUGUGAUAUUCACUUUUUAUCAGCUAAAACUGCAAUGAAUCAUGCAGAUCAUAUGGAAUUGUUAAUUAACUGGAAAUGUUUAUCAUGCAAUAAAAUUUUUAAAAAAGUUGACGAAAAAUUACAUGUAAGGCAGCAUUCGUUUUCUGACAACUUCACAGUAUAUGAAUUUUCUGAGACUCAACUAUCACAAUUGUUAUAUAAAUGUUCCAAGUGUGCAAUCCAUUUUAAUGCGAAUGGUUUUGAACCACAUAUAAAAAAAUGUGAAAUUGUUGUGGCAGAAUCAGUUUAUUGCAAGAUUUGUGAUAUUCUUAUUGAUAGAUGUAUUGCUGGAACUCAUGAAGACUAUCAUCACAGGAGAAAAUUUAAACCAACUGACUUUACUAUAUUAUUAUCUGAACCUAUUGGUGCUGAAUCAGUGCAAAAACCAGAAACAAUACCCAUGGUUAAAAAGUUACCCAAAAAGAAGAUAAAGCAAACACGGGAUAGGAGUAAUUUCAAUCUAAAGUAUUGUCAAACAUGCAAUUCUUUUAUAAGAAUGAGAGGAGUUAAGCGUUUAGUUCAUUUGGAAUCACGCUGUGCACAUUUACCAGUUCAUAUUUGUAAAAUAUGUGGACUUACGUUUACAAACAAAUCUAUGGGCGCCCACAGAGCUAUGCAUUUAAAGAAAAAAGGCAUAAAAUUACAAGACUUUACAUUUUACUGCUUUAGAAAAAAUAAACAAAUUUCACCGCCCGUACCCAAAUAUCCGGAGUGUAAGAAUUGCAACGUUCAUUUCAUAUCCAAAGUUGCUGUAUUAAAUCACAUAUGCAGUGAAGAUUAUCUAACAUGCCACAUUUGUAAUAUAAAACUAUCCGAAGCAGUUUUUAAAUUACAUUUGUCAUUCCAUUACUAUUCAAUCACAAAUAAAAAUAAAAAAAUUAUACUGUACCAAAGUGAUGCAAUACAUUCAGGCGAACAACUGGAAGUGCGUGAAAUUAAACGUCCGCGACCACCUCCGAGAAAAAGAAAUUUGUCUGAACCAGGUCAUAGCUCGGAGGCAGAGAUCCAAGAACCAAAAUGCUCGGCAAGAUCUGAUCGGAAUCUGUCAAGUCAUACAGAAAGAUUACAUGAAGGACAGGGUGAUGAAUACCUGCAUGAAAACGAAAAUAAUUCUACCAUAGCGGAUGUCAAACCCGAACCUGAAAUCGCUUCUGAGGAGUGCAAACUUACAUCCUCAAAACAUAUAAUUUCUGUUGAAAAACAUUUAGUAAAUCAAAAAGCUGGACAAUCGGACUUUGUUCUCUUUGAAGUUCUAUAUUGUUGCACAAAUUGUCACAUCACAAUUGAUACUUAUGAUAAAGUGGUAGAACAUUGCCAAGAUCAUUUAUGUGGAGUGGAAAUUGAGAAAAAAGGAUGUGAAACCUGUAAAAUAACACUGGAUCGUAACAGCUAUGAUAACCACAUUAAAGAAUUCCACAGUGAUGAAGUAACAAGAAAAUCUUUUAAAUUACUGGAAUUUGACACAUUUUAUUUUACAGAAGAUAACAAAAUUUGGACUAAACAUAUAUUUCGAAAUAUUAGUCAAGAAAAGUCACUACAAAUUUUAAGAAGAUCGAUUUACAGAUAUGGUUGCAAAACUAAAAUGCAAGUAAUUCAAGAUGGAUCCCCUGAUUUAACAGUUUAUAAAUGUAAUAGCUGCUUUGUUAUUGUAGAUCCAGAAUCUGUAAUUAAACAUGUGGAAAAUUCAUGUUUUAAGUCACGUAAACAUCCAUGCUCAUAUUGUGGAUUACCUUUCAUGUCUUAUUUGUCGUUAAAAGAACAUUUAAGUGUCCACAAAACAAUGAACAUAACGCUGAAAUCGUACAGGAUUGUUUUAAUCAAUCAAGAGAAGGAUAAAAAGAGCAACAAAAUUAUAAAUGGUCACAACAAAUUCUUCCUUUUAUAUAAGUGUAGAAAAUGUAACUGUAUCCUUGAUCAGUUUCAACGUCAUAGUCAUACAUUGUGUUCCGAAAUGGAUUUGAAAAACUGUCCUGUAUGUGGCUUACUGUUUUACCAUUCUGACUAUAAACUCCAUAAGACUAAACAUGAAUUAGUUUAUAACUUUGUACCAAAGAACAUGAAAAUUAUUUUAUUUGGGGAUAGAGCUUCGAAGGAAGCAUCUCUGGAUUCCAUUGACCAAAAGACAUUCAAGGGCACAAUUGUGGACUUUACAUUUAUUCAAUGCUCAAAAUGCGGUGUAUGCCUGGAGAAAUCUCCAAUAACUACAAUAAACCAUAUUAAAUGCUAUGAAGACAACGAAAAAUCAAAAUGUCCAAAAUGUGAAAUGUAUGUUUUAAAACAUAAAUUUUCUCGUCACUGUAAAUUACACGAUAUUAAUGUUCAUUUUGUUAAAGAAAAUAUUAAUAUAAUACCUUACGAUCAUAAUGAACAGUUAAAAAAGUUUAUACCAGCCUCAUUAAAUCUAUCAAAUGAAGCAAAGAAUGCAAAUCAAACAAUAAACAGAAUUUCACAUCAAACGAAAGAAAAAAGUCCAAUACUACCAGAAAAAACAGUAAAAUUGUUUAAAUGUACUUGUGGGUUACAUUAUUUGGAUAAAAAUGGUAUAGACGAACAUUUUGGCCACUGCAAUCCUAAAACAUCUAAACAAUAUUGCUCUAAAUGCAAUCUUUUGUUUACUCCAUCCGUUUUAUUUACUCAUUUGUUGUUACAUCAUGGUGACAAAAAAUAUGUUUAUAAAUACAACAUUAUUGAAAUGUCUCAGAACAAAAAUCUAAUUAUAAAUAUAUACAAUUGUGCACAUUGUAGAACGCAUUUCAUAGAAUAUGAUAAAGCUUUAGAACAUUUUGGGAAUUGCGAAGACGUUGAAGUGGAAAGAAAAGAAUGUAUAAAAUGUAAGGUAUUUUUCCCUAUUGAGUCUAUUGCAGAACAUGAGACUAAACAUCACAAUGAAAGCGUUGCAGAUAUUAACAUAAUAGAUGUUACUGACAAAAAGGACCAAAAUAAGGCAGAUGCAAAAUCUAUAGAUAAUGUAAUUGAUCAAGCGGAUAUUGUAAGAGAAACGAAAUAUAAUAUUUCUGAAGAGAGUCUAUCACAAAUUGAUUUAAGUCGGUAUGACAAUACUAUUUAUAAAUGCGAACCGUGCAACACCCAUUUUUUAACCGAACAUACUUUAAGACGACAUGUCGCCCAUGAUAGGCAUGUGUUAUCUCCUCAACAGACAUGUGAUUUUUGCAAAUUGAGUUUUUCUUUGCAGUCACUUACUAAACAUAUUUAUAUUCACCAUGAUAGAAUGAAGAUCAAUAAAAAUGAAUUUAUAAUCAAAACUAAUUAAAUCAAAAUUGUUGUAAAUAAUUUUGUUAAUAGAUUUUCUUAAGUUUGUAAUGCAUGUAAAUAAAUAGGUACCUAUAUUAAUAGAGGUAGUUCGAUAAAUUUUUUUGUUGAAAUAAGUACCUACAUCUUGCUGAUGACCAUUGCAAGGAUUAGAACUUUUAUUUGUAAUGGUUAUGUUGGACUGUUAAUAUUUUAUGUUAGAAAGUGACCUUCACAAAUGUUUGAUUAUUUUAGUUCAUUGUGGUAUGUUUGAUUUUAA